GGGUUACGUUCUCAGGAAGAAUCCAAUCGGACAGACGAAGAAACAGAGGCUAAAAGGUUAGUGAUCGUCUCUGUGUCUGCGGCGAUGGAAGGGCGCAACGGCAAGUGGGUGAACGUGGACUACACGAAUCGGAUCAUGGAGGAGUCGGCGGCGCUGCCAGCGGGUGGGGCUGCGGCACCUCCUGCGAAUAACAGCGGACUAGAUGACCUGACGCCAUUUCUCCCAGCUUCUGACGGUCAAUACGACCGUUCCAUGUCGUCUAUGAACUCGUCCUCGACCUCCUCGGCGCGAGGUGAGCCUCUGUCCAACAUCCAGGUGACCGUUAGUGAACCUGUGAAGCAGGGAGAGGGUAUGAACGCCUAUAUCUCAUACAAGAUCAGCACUACAACGACGCGUCCGCAGUUUUCUAAGAGCUCUUUCUCCGUCGUGCGUCGCUACAGUGAUUUCGUAUGGAUUCACGGCCACUUGAGUGCCAUGUACCCUGGCGUUGUAGUGCCUCCACUGCCCGAGAAGCUCCUAGUGGGACGCUUCUCGCCCGAGUUCAUUGAGAGCAGACGCAGAGCGCUGCAGUUGUUCCUACACCGCUGCUGUUUGCACCCUGAACUACAGCACAGUGAACACCUCACCACCUUCUUGGAAGCCAGCGAGGAUCAGCUACAGGCUUUCCGUAAGGAUCCGCGUCAUGCAGCGCCCAAUGCUCAACGUGGGGUGUUGUUCCAAUGGCUGGACGACACAGUGAACACCAUCUCGUCCACAUUGAUCGCACCUGCAACGAACUUGCCCAAGACCCCAGCGGACAUUGAAGUGGAGGACAUGAUGGCUUACAUUGAAGGCCUGGAGCCAAUCAUGACGGGGCUGCACAAGCAUGCCCAUGGACUGACGAAGCGUGCAAGGGAGAUCGCUGACGGACUCUUUGAGUUUGGAGUGUCAUUCACGUUAUUGGGUAAAUCAGAGGAGAAUCCGUCGCUGCAGGAAGGAUUGAAUCAUAUUGGACACUGCUCUGACAAGCUGUCGAUCUUGGCUGCCGAACAUGCUGAACGUGAGGCACUGCACUUUGAAGAGCCAAUAUUUGACUACAUUCGUCUGGUUGGGGCUGUGAAGGCUGCGCUGCAGAAACGCAACGAAGUGAGAUGUGCGUAUGGCGCUGCAGUGGCGAAUCUGGAAGCCAAGGAAGUUGCGCUGGCUAAACUGUUGAAACAUGCUCGAGGUGGGUCCUCGGAAGAGAAGGUUCAGCUUGCAGAGGGCGAAGUGCGUACGGCGCAGCAACAAAUGGAAGAUGCGAAGCUGGAAGACGACAUUGUUACGGAACGUGUGCUGCGUGAAGUGGAGAGAUUUAAGCGUGAGAAGCUGGCAGACUUUAAACACAUCAUCUUGGACUACAUUCAGAUGCAGAUCGAGUACAGCAAAAAGGUCGAAGAUGAGUGGCAAAAAGUGAUUCCGCAGCUCACGAGAAUUCAUGUGGAGAAUAGCGGGUCUCCACUAUCAUCCAUGAGUCCCAUUUCAGAAGCCGCAAGCAAUGGCACUUUCCAAGAACGGGAACCACCAGCACCUUCUAUUGGUCCAGUGAUUCAGGAGGACUAUAUCCCGUCGAAUGGAGACUUGGCGGAUAGUCUGUCGGACUUGACACUGAUGGCAAACGACAGUGUGGGUGAGGAUCCGUUCCAGCGUUCGCCUUAUGGUUCUCGGCCUAUGGAGGACUCAAACCCGGACGUGUCACUAUAGGGGAGGCUCCUGCUGAGAGCAUCUUGUGUUGGCAAUCGAUUAUAUUUUAAUGUAAGCAAGGAAACUUAUUUGUUGUCUCUCUAUUGUCCAGUUGUAGGACGCUGGCU